UAUUUUGACGUUAUUUGAAUAUUAUACGUUGUGUUUAUUUCCAGUUAUUUCAGAUCUAAAUUGUUGUAAAUGAAUUAUAUAUUGUGAUAAAGGGUGCAAAACAUGACCUCUAACAAACUGGAAUAUGAUUCGGCGUUGGGUGGAUCCGUGAGUUUGCCUACACAUGUGCAAACAUACCGUUAUGCCGCCAAUGUUGUACAGGAGAUACGCCAGCUUAUUGAUGAAGUACGUAAUCCUGUCAGUCGCAAGUUGGUCUUCCAAACUUUGCCCAAACAUAUGCGUCGUCGUGCCAUGUCGCACCACCCCAAGCGGUUGCCACGCAAAUAUCGUGCCGCUCAUCGCUCUCAAAUGUCUAAAGCUGGCAAGCCACAGCAGACGAAACGUCCUUCCCGUAAACAUCGUCGCCGUCCAAGCAAUCUAUUGCGUGAUUAUUUAAGACGACAACGUCGACAAGUUUGGUUGGAAACACACAUUUGGCAUGCAAAACGUUUUCACAUGGUCGAACGCUGGGGCUACCGCCUGCCGCAGGCAAGCUGUGACAAAACAUACAGAGCGUGCUAUCGUGCCUCGGCAGAACACUGUUUACUGCAAGAUAUAUCGUUUUUUGCAUGCAUUGAAUUGAAAGGAAAAUUGACGGAUUUAAGUGCAGGAUUUACUAGGAUAACAAGUCCCAAAUGCGGGUUUAGUAUCGCUGCAAAAACAUAUACCACCGGUCGAAGAGAAGGCAGUAUCGACUUAUUUAGGGACGGCAAAUAUCCAGAGUAUGCACUAGGGCGUGCUUGUUUUAUGUGGCGACCACUCGAUACUGAUGAUACGGCGAAUUCCGAAGAAAUAUCACGUACCCUGUGGGUGUGGAUUCAUCCAAGCGCAUAUCCUGCUUUGCUGGAAGAAUUAAUAAAAGUUUUCCAACUAAUUUCGCUAAAUAGUAUCAAAGUGCCUCUUAAACCAGACGCACCUUCGGACGAUGAGUGCAUUGAUGUGCAAAAGAAAGAUAAAUCUUCGAAACCUUUAAACCCAAAAGAACAGCGGCGUUUGCAAUUCAUGACAAAAAGUUUGGCUUUUGAGCGCAUCAAGCGAUAUAGAAAUGAAAAAUCAUGCAUAGAACUCAACGAUUUGAAAGAUGUAAUAAACCGUUUCCGUCUCACCGGCCACCUAGCUCAAAGCGUGCUCGUACAGGCUUUCAAACCAAAGCAAAUCAACGAAAACACAACAACUACUUGGCUACAUAAGUUGUUCGAAGAAAAUACUCAUUCCAAAAGCACACAUGAAAGUCAAUCGGAAUUUUGGGAGAAUUGUAGUGAGUUAAGUUCACCUGGUGAAUUACUUUCGAAUAUGAUUCUAGCACUAAAUAUAGAGGACCCACGUUUGAAUCGACCUAAAAAACGAACAAAAGCGUUGCCAGUUCAACCUUUAAAUCCUACCGGUCUAGAUUUCCUGUUAAAUGUAAAAAAUAAUUUAGGACAAAGUGUUCUAUGGAAUAGUGAAGUGCGGGACGAACUAUGCAAGAGCAUGAUAGUACCCAGUGAGUACAGUAAGCUGCGGGCCAAGCAUGCGGCAGUACCAGGCGCACGUUGUCAAUUCGAAGAAGAAAUGCAAGCAGUACCAGUGAUACUAAUCCAACGGCCUGGUUCACAGCUCGCGCAGUAUAAACGUCUGGGUUACGGCUGUGGCUGGGAUGUGAUUGCGCCGGCUGGUUAUGGAAUGUCCAUUUGGCUAUCACUCAUCAUGUGGGGCGCUAAACCAGGUGGACUAAGAGAGUUCGAAACUGUCGCGCGUGAGAUGGGUACAGAAGAACAUUUGCCAGACACUGUGGCUGGGCGUGUACUUGCUACCACACGUCAUCAAGAGCUGCGCGCCAAAUAUUUCCGAAAGCCGCCCAAUAAACGUCACAACUAUCAAAAAUUGGCUAUAGUGAGUCCAUUUCGUGCACCAUUUCCCGAAUUAGUACGUGAUUGGACCACUGAUGCUCUACAAAAGUGCAGCGCACCAAGUGCCUUUCAUAUACUACGUGACCGUGCGUUACUACAGCAGUUGUUGUUACACAUACAAGGAAAGUUAAAAGUAUAUCCCGAAGGAAUUCCAGAAAAUUGCCUGAUACAAUUGCAACUACGAAUGAAAGCACGGGGUAAUUUGGAGGACUUCUCGUUGAUUUGCCUGCCAACACGCGGUGAUUUUAAACGAAAUCUUCGUCAGAUUAAAAAGGAAAAUCACGAUCCCGUCUUUACCGAACCACUAGCAUCAGAUAAGUCCGAGAGCGUGCGCAAAAAUUUAAGACAAAUGCAUAAAAAGCUAUUGAAACGUUUACGAGCACGACGUGUACGCGAAAAACGUAAACGGCAGGAGACAAGCAAUACGCGCGUGUACAUUAGUCCAGCCAACACAGCCACACGCGUUGCCGAGCAAUUUCAGCGCAUGUGCAAACUUUGGUUGCCGGAGGAGCAUAAAGAACUGUACAGCGUGCGCAACCAAUGCCAACGUGAAGUAUUCGGCUAUGCGACAACGGCUCAUUUCAGUUAUACCGAGGCAACGGUAUGCGCGAUAGGCUACGUCACACCGGCGGGCUUAAAGAAAUUACUCCAGUUAUGUUGUCAGACAAAUGUGCACCAACCGAUGUGUCUCAUGCGUAGUCCAAAAAGCCGUCAUUAUAGAUUUGCGUGUUUUAAAUUAAAUUUGAAUGUUUAAAUGAUAGAUUUGAAGCUAAGUUUUGUAUUUAAGUAUUGCAUUAAUGUCUUUUAUUAAUUGCAUUUUAUCAGUUUUCAUUUUUCUUAAUUUUUUAACUUCUUUCACUUCAUAAUUUGCUACUUGUGUAAUAGUAAUAAUAAUAUAGUUCAGUCACGCUACACUACACGCUAAGGGUAUAUGUUUUCUGGUUAACAUCUUUAACAGCCGAUAAAUUCAGCUACUUCUGACCAUUUCUAAUGAUAAUCAAAUAAAAUACGUUGCGCCUGAUGUAAUAUAGUGCAAAACUUA